UUUCUGCAAUGGAGUUUGAGAAAGUGAUCGAAGUGGCGACUCUGGGCCGACCGUUCAGACUCGGGAUGUUUUACGACUGUCGCCAGGACACAAUCAUUCCUGGAUUAACACUCUGGGACAGUGAUAACUUGGAAAAAUACAAAAGAGAAACCCCACAACCAAACAGUGACUUUGAAAUAGUUGCCUCUGAAUCUAUUGCGGACAAAUCUUCAGCCUUGAAUGUUGAAGCAUCUUUGAAAGCAAGUUUUUUAAGCGGCCUAGUUAAAGUUGAAGGAUCGGCCAAAUACCUCAAUGAUCAGAUAUCAUCCAAAAAUCAAGCCAGAGUAACACUGAAGUACAAAGCUACCACAAAGUACCAAGAAUUAUCAAUGAAUCAUCUUGGAAGAGGCAACAUGAAGCAUCAAUACGUUUUUGAGAACAAAUUAGCAACACAUGUGGUCAUAGGCAUUCUGUAUGGAGCUCAAGCAUUUUUUGUCUUUGACCGAGAAAAAUCUGAGACAGAAAGUCACCAAGAUAUUCAGGGCAACUUAAAAGUUUUGAUUGAGAAAAUUCCAUUCCUAUCUAUUGAUGGUAAAGGUUCCUUACACAUGGAAGAAAAGGACAAAGAAUUAAUACAGAAGUUCUCCUGUAAGUUUCAUGGAGACUUCCUCCUUGAGAAAACUCCAACAACCUUCCAGGAUGCAGUAGGAGCCUACCAAAGCCUCCCCAAGCUGCUGGGAGCCAGUGGAGAAAACGCCGUACCAAUCAAGGUCUGGAUGCUGCCUCUGACUAACUUAGAUUCUUCUGCAGCUAAACUUGUCCGAGAAAUAAGUGUUAGGUUAGUUCAAGAAGUACAAAGUGUCCUGGAGGAGCUCAGUGACCUGGAAAUAAGGUGCAAUGAUGCAAUGAAAAACUCUACAACACAGCAGUUUCCACAGAUUAACAAAAAACUUAAAAGUUUUAAAAGUUUGUGCUCCGAGUUCAGGCUUGAUUUUCAACGAACGCUAUCAAAGAAGCUCCCAUCAAUCCGAGGAGGAGGAGAAGAAGAGUCUGAACUUGCAGAUGUCUUGAAGAAGAUUCAUUCCUCACCUUUCAACAGCAAAAACCUCAAUGACUGGAUUGACUGCAAAGAGAGGGAAAUUCAUGCCCUGAAAUCUUACACCAGGUUGAUGAAGAACACCAAAAUCAUCCCAUCUCAAAACAUCCUUAAUGAAGAACUUCUCAAUGCAGAGCAUGCUGUGUGUUUUGUCUUCAGCUCACUGGAAAGAGAUGAGCCAUACCUCUCUGCUUUGCUGAACCACCUCAAAGACAAAACCAAGUCAGGAGAUUCACACCGUUAUGAUAUUGAGAAGGAACAAUGGUAUCUCUCAAACAACCUGGCAGAUGAAAUGAGAAGAAAAGUAAAACUCUUCAGUGAUUUUGCAGCUGCCAACACUGAAACCAAGAGCACAACAUUCCUGGCAGUAGGUCUAACAGAUGAGACACAUGAAGGUUCAACCAUUUACCUUUAUGAAGACGGAUUCCUCAUCAAUAAGAACUUUGAACCUCCUUCAAAGCCUGAAACUGUGACAGCUGCUGAUGUAACCCACAGCAGUGUGACUCUGAAGGUUUCUCCUCCCAGGUUUGGAGCAGAGAGCGUCACAUCCUACUCUGUUGAGUUCUGUGUCAGUGGACAAGAUGGAUGGAAACAACAGAGUGAACCAAAACCUUCAGAAAUCACAGUGACCCAACUGCAGCCAAACACAAAGUACAUGUUCAGAUGCAGAGCAGUGACCUCAGCAGGUGUUGGACCGGCCAAUGUCAUCAAUGAUCCCAUUAAAACUUUACCCUGCAGCCCUGCUGGAGAACCUCAAUGUGAACCAAACUCUUCUGAGAUAUCAGUGAGUUGGGAGAAACCUGCUGAGCUCGGACCAGAUGUUCAGAUCCUGAGCUACACUGUGGAAUACGCAAAGGUAGAAGAUCCAAAACCAUCUGGAACCAAAAGAACCAUCUGGAACCAAACAAGGUCAAAAGGUGAAAAGGCCAUCAUUUCAGGACUUGAGUCAGAAACACAAUAUGCAGUCAGGAUCACAUGUGACUGUGGUGAAGCUGGCAGGAGCAAAGAAAACAAGAUUGUUCAGGUUCAUACAACAAAGCCAAACUGGUUUUCUGAUGCUGUUAAAGCAUCAAAAAGCUUUGACAGCACCAGGCUUUCUGAUGCUGUUAAAGCUAAGAGCAGAAAGCUGGAGCCACAGAUUGGACCACUGCCUGUUUAUAGAGUUCCUCUAAAGGAGGAGAACAUCAAAAUAAAGGGAUGCAGGUUCUUCAGGUUUGGAAAACCUGUUGCCAAACAAAGUCGUACCAUCAUGGUUCUUGGAGCUACAGGUGCUGGGAAGUCAACUCUCAUCAAUGGGAUGAUAAAUUACAUUCUAGGGGUUGAAUGGUCAGAUUCGUAUCGGUUCAUCUUAGUGGAUGAUGGUCAAACAAAAUCCCAGGCUCACAGUCAGACCUCUGAGGUCACCGUGUACAAACUCAACCACCUGGAGGGAUUUCAGGUUCCCUUCUCUCUGACCAUCAUAGACACUCCAGGCUUUGGAGACACCAGAGGAAUAGACAGAGACAGGGAGAUCACAGAGCAGCUCCGUAACCUCUUCACUAGUAAAGACGGGAUCAGUACGAUUGAUGCUGUGUGUUUCGUAGCUCAGGCUGCUUUAGCUCGUCUCACACCAACACAGAAAUAUGUCUUUGAUUCCAUUCUCUCCAUCUUUGGCAAAGAUAUAGCAGAAAACAUCAGGAUCCUGGUGACAUUUGCAGAUUGUCAGAAGCCUCCAGUUCUAGAAGCCAUCAAAGCUUCAGGCGUACCAAGUCCGAAAGGGAAAGAUGGUCUUCCAGUUCACUUCAAAUUUAACAACUCUGCUCUGUUUGCUGAUAAUAAAUCCUCUGCAGCAAACACUCAGAGUGACGAUGAUGAUGAUGAAAACUUUGAUAAGAUGUUUUGGAACAUGGGAACAAAAAGCAUGAAAAGGUUUUUUGCUGCUCUAAAUCUGAUAAAAACCAAAAGUUUACUAACUAAUGAAGUCCUGAGAGAAAGAAAACAGCUGGAGGUUUCAGUUGAGAAUCUGAAGGUUCAGGUUAAACUUGGUUUGGCCAAAAUGGAGGAGAUCAGAGAGACGAGAGAAAAAAUCAAAGAGCAUGAAGCUGAGAUCAGAAGAAAUGAGAAGUUUGAGUUUGAGGUCACUGUGAAAAAACCAAUACAAGUUGACAUCUCAGGUACUGGUAACUACAUUACCAACUGUCAGCAGUGUCAUGUCACCUGUUGUUACCCUUCUGGAAUAUCAAAUGAUGAUGAUAACAGAAACUGUAAGGUUAUGGACAGAAAUGGAAACUGCACUCAGUGUCCAAAGAAAUGUUACUGGAACGUUCAUUUCAGCCAAAAGUACAAGUGGGAUUAUAAAGAUGUUACAGAGAAACGGACAAUCGCAGACCUGAAAGAAAACUAUGAAAAGGCCACAGGGGAGAAAAUGACUGUUGAGGGACUGAUGAGAAAUCUAGAGGCUGAAUAUGAUAUCAUGCAGAAUGACGUGAAUAAGUUAAUAGACCAGUCAGCAAAGUGUCUGAACAGACUGAAGGAGAUAGCACUGAAGCCCAAUCCUCUCACCACUCCAGAGUACAUUGAAAUGCUGAUUGAAGGAGAGAAACAGGAGAAGAAACCAGGCUGGAAACAACGAAUUGAGUCUCUGAUGAAAAUGAAACAAAAAGCAGAGUUCAUGGCUAAAGUGGAGAAAGGAGAAAAAUCUCUCCUCCAACAAGAGUCACUUGAUACUGGCGACCUGUCCAGGGUGACCCCGUGACCCCGCC